AUGUCAACCUACGUCAUCAGUGUGGGCUCGAUCGCCUGGAAGCGUAUUCGAGGCGAAACAUUACCGCGUUGCAGAUGGUCGCUGGGCUGGGCGGGCUUGCCGAUCAAUUGCUUUGCUUUUGUCUAUUCUUGUUGGGCCAUGGUCUGGGUUUGCUUCCCAAUCUCGGUACCAGUCGCCGCGGAAAGCAUGAACUACGCCAUCGUGAUGUUUUCAGGUGUCCUGGUCAUUGCACUGAUAUGCUAUGCUGUCCAAGGACGGCAUGUCUACCAGGGGCCUGUCGUCAACGUCAAUUCGGAUGUGUUCGACGAGAGGAACUUCUAG